AUGGGAUUCGGUUUCGAUAUCGGAGUCAAGGAACUUGUUGUGGCUGUGAUGUUCACGGCUGGACGUCCAAUACUGGCCGGAGGGAGGUUUCCUACUGGAGAAGGCAGACGACUUGAGAAACCUCAACAACCUCUGUGCACUUGUGUACCUCGAUCAUCGGAUGGACUUCCUAGGAAAAGUCAGGAAGCCUCCACAACUCUACUUAAGGAGAUAUGGUAUCGAAGUCAGCAGUCGCGUCAUGGGGGGAUGAAGAAAUAG